UAAAAGAUAUUUUUUGACGUGACUAACUUCACGUCGCUGUCCGGAAAAAUUAAUCGUGCGCGUUCAGAAAACUCAGAUCGACGUUUGAGUUUGAUUCUUGAGAAGUCAAAUAAAUCUAUUUAAAGUCCGAAAAAUGACUGACUCCAAAUUACCUCCACCUGUAAUGUGGGCCCAGAGGUCCCCAGUCGUAUUCUUAACUAUAAAUCUAGAAGAUGUAAAAAACCCUGAAAUAAAGUUCACGAAAAACUCGGUCUUCUUUCAUGGUACAGGAGGUGUAGACAAAAAAGAAUACGAAGUAACCAUCCCACUGUACAAAGAAAUAGAUCCAGACAAGAGCAAAAGCUUUAAUAGGGAGCGGUGCAUUGAAAUUGUUUUAGCCAAAGCUAAUCAAGAAGAACCUUAUUGGCCUACACUUACAUCCGACAAAAAGAAACAUCAUUGGCUCAAGUGCGAUUUCAACAAAUGGCAUGAUGAGGACGAUUCUGGGGAUGAAGGACUCGGUGGAAUGGGAGGCGGAGGUGGAGAUUUCGAGGAAAUGAUGAGACAGAUGGGUGGUUUAGGUGGCGCAGGCGGUAAACCAAAUUUCGACGAUCUAGAUGCAGAUGAAGGGGGGGAUUCUGACGACGAACCCAUCCCUGAUUUAGAGUAGUUUUAGGCUAUUAAUUAAUAUUGAAAUCAUUUUUCUGUCACCAUUAUGUAAUUCCUUUCAGUUUUGUUAAUUUAUUUUAAUAAAAAAAAUCACUGAAAAAAAACGCCAUUUGUAUGUCAUAUUGAAAAUAUGGUCGUAGCUAAGAUGUUUUUGUUUUAUACUUUGGGUUUUAUAUUAUUUUUUCUUUGAAAGAACAAGUUAAAGAAGAUAAAUAGGUAGAUGCAAAUAAUUAUUAAAAAAAUCUUCCAAAAUAAUUUCAAUCAAUUUGUUCAUGUAACAUUCUAUGCACAUAAUUUUUAGUUCUUUAAGUUUCUGAGGUACUCUAUACAAUAUUUGAAAUAGUGUAUCAUAAGCUAGUUUAAAUGUGGUUGAAUUGAAUGUAUAUUGUAAGUUUUGAACCAAUUUUUAAUUAAAUAACAUUCAAAAAAU